AAAUAAAUAGGAUGAUAUCGGUUACUGCCGGUUUGAGCUGGGUGACGGUCGUAGUCGAGAUAUUAAGUUUCUUAAAACCGAUCAACGUGAAGAGUAGUUAUAGCUACAGCACCUACAGUACAGUAUGUUUCAAAGAAAGUGCAAGCAAACUAAAAUAAUCGCAACUGUGCGUUAAAUUUGUCUUGUAGAUAUUGUGAUAGUGAUUUUUAAAAAUUGUGAAUGUUUUUUUAUUCAUCAGUGACAAUGAGAGAUUUAAUUCGAAAAUACAAACUUAUAAUUCAGGGAAAGCAUCUACCUGACGCUGACUCUGAACUCCUUAUAAGUUCUACUUCUUCUCCAGGUAACACUUACAACAUGGAGGUAGGAAAUCCCAGAUUAUUUCAGCAAGGCUACAGCAGUACAGAGAGUGAAGAUGAUAGUCCUAAAAAGUCUUCAUAUUUGAAUUCUCAACAGUAUAUGCCAAAGAAGGAACAAGUUUUAUCAAGAAGUUAUAAUAAUAGUUUAAUUAUGGAUAAGCAUGAUAAUGCUCUGUACGAUGUUUUGCAGCAUUCUUCUUUAAAUGAAAUUAUUUCAGAAACAACUAAGCUGCUUCCAUCAAAAAGUAAGAUGUCCGAUUCCGUUCAGCAGUCUAAAAAUGUUUCAAAUGAUAUAAAGAAGCAUUACAAUCAUUCUCUAGUCACAAUAUUUGCAAUAUGGAAUACUACAGUUGGCACAUCACUUUUGGCUAUGGCUUGGGGAAUGGAAAAAACUGGUUUAUUUCCUGGUAUUCUUAUCAAUUUGUUUGUGGUGGCGGUAUGCCUGUAUACAGCAUACGUCCUACUUAAAAUUUUUGAAAAGCAUGGAGGUGAUGAAAUUACAGAAGUUCCUGAUCUUUGUAGGUUAUUGAUUGGACGAUGGGCUGAAAUCGUCUCCAAAAUAUUUUCCCUUGUUGUUUUAAUGGGAGGUGAUAUUGUCUACUGGAUUCUUAUGUCAAACUUUUUGUAUAAUUGCGUGGUUUUUGUUUAUGAUAAUAUUACUGAUAUUGGAAGCAAAGAAAUAAUAGAAGAUUCGGUUCUAUGUCCCAAAAAACCAUUCCUUCUUGCCAAUGAAACUAAUUUGGUGCAGACGGCCACAAAUGGUUCACUGUUUUAUCAAAUAUGGCAACUUUAUAGUACAGUUCCUAUAUUUCUGGCAGUGCUGCUCUUCCCUCUACUAAAUUUUAAGAGUCCAACAUUUUUUACAAAAUUUAAUAGUUUAGGAACUUUAAGUGUAGGUUAUUUAUUCGUUUUUGUAGCAGUCAAAUCCUUCCAGUGGGGUAUAAAUAUAACCGAUUGGUCUAUAGAAUUUUCUGUAAAACCAACAUUUUGUGUUCUUAGUGGAAUGUUAGGAAUGAGCUACUUUAUUCACAAUAUUAUAAUUUCCAUCAUGAAGCAAAAUAAACACCAAAACCAUAAUGGCAGAGAUCUUUCAAUUGCUUUUGGUCUGGUAUGUUUCACGUAUCUAUUUCUAGGAGUAGUAUUUUAUACAACUUUUCCUUUGGCAAAAUCUUGUAUAGAAGAUAAUCUCUUAAACAAUUUCUCCAAGAAGGAUGUUAUGGCUUUAAUAGCUCGAAUUCUACUGUUCUUCCAACUAUUUACAGUCUAUCCGUUUGUGACUUAUAUGUUAAGAGCAGACAUAUUGACAGCUAUAAACAUGAUUUUUGGUAAAGAACGAAAUAAAGAAUUCUCGUACAUCAAAACUAUUAUAAUCAACUUCAGUAUUGUAUCCAUAUGCAUUUUAUUUGCAUGUUUCAUGCCUCGAAUUGGCACACUAAUAAGGUAUACUGGUGCUCUAAGUGGCCUAAUCUACAUUUUCGUGAUGCCUAGUUUAUUAAAAAUGGCAUCACUUAAACAAGAGGGAGCCUUGUCUGUUCCAGCAAUAUUUAUACAUGUCAUAAUUAUAAUUCUGGGAAUACUUAAUUUAAUAUCUCAAUUUUUCAUUACGGAUUAAAAAAGCAUGAAAAUUUCGCUAUGGAAAAUACUCGAAUACUGCCGAAAAUGUUUGAAGAAGUACGAAUUUUUUUUAAUGUUACUGAAUUAAGAAAAACACAUAUUAU